GCAGUGCUGCCGGGGCUGCCAGGGAACUGCCUGAGAGACUGCGGCUCAGCCGAGCUCUCUGAAGGGGCAGGGGGCGGGAACAGACGUGUGCAUGUGGUUCUGCCCUGGCCUGGGAGUGUGGACACCCUAGCUGGUCCCCAGGCUCAGGGCCAUGGGCCCCGAGAGAGGACCACCCCAAAGCGCUUUUCUCCCGGCUUUGAGACCAGAGUGCGAGCCUUGCGGGAACACCCGGCCAGAGUGCUUGAAUGCGGAGUUCAUUGCUUCAAAAGGCUCAAGACGUAUGCCAACUUUCCAGAAGCACCUCAGGAGGAGGCUUCUCUCAGCAAUAGGCUCAAGACGUAUGCCAACCUUCCAGAAGCACCUCAGGAGGAGGCUUCUCUCAGCAAUAGGCUCAAGACGUAUGCCAACUUUCCAGAAGCACCUCAGGAGGAGGCUUCUCUCAGCAAUAGGCUCAAGACGUAUGCCAACUUUCCAGAAGCACCUCAGGAGGAGGCUUCUCUCAGCAAUAGGCUCAAGACGUAUGCCAACUUUCCAGAAGCACCUCAGGAGGAGGCUUCUCUGAGCAAUAGGCUCAAGACGUAUGCCAACUUUCCAGAAGCACCUCAGGAGGAGGCUUCUCUGAGCAAUAGGCUCAAGACGUAUGCCAACUUUCCAGAAGCACCUCAGGAGGAGGCUUCUCUCAGCAAUAGGCUCAAGACGUAUGCCAACUUUCCAGAAGCACCUCAGGAGGAGGCUUCUCUCAGCAAUAGGCUCAAGACGUAUGCCAACUUUCCAGAAGCACCUCAGGAGGAGGCUUCUCUGAGCAAUAGGCUCAAGACGUAUGCCAACUUUCCAGAAGCACCUCAGGAGGAGGCUUCUCUGAGCAAUAGGCUCAAGACGUAUGCCAACUUCCCAGAAGCACCUCAGGAGGAGGCUUCUCUCAGCAAUAGGCUCAAGACGUAUGCCAACUUCCCAGAAGCACCUCAGGAGGAGGCUUCUCUCAGCAAUAGGCUCAAGACGUAUGCCAACUUUCCAGAAGCACCUCAGGAGGAGGCUUCUCUCAGCAAUAGGCUCAAGACGUAUGCCAACUUCCCAGAAGCACCUCAGGAGGAGGCUUCUCUCAGCAAUAGGCUCAAGACGUAUGCCAACUUUCCAGAAGCACCUCAGGAGGAGGCUUCUCUCAGCAGUAGGCUCAAGACGUAUGCCAACUUCCCACAAGCACCUCAGGAGGAGGCUUCUUUCAGCAAUAGGCUCAAGACGUAUGCCAACUUUCCAGAAGCACCUCAGGAGGAGGCUUCUCUCAGCAGUAGGCUCAAGACGUAUGCCAACUUCCCACAAGCACCUCAGGAGGAGGCUUCUUUCAGCAAUAGGCUCAAGACGUAUGCCAACUUUCCAGAAGCACCUCAGGAGGAGGCUUCUCUCAGCAAUAGGCUCAAGACGUAUGCCAACUUUCCAGAAGCACCUCAGGAGGAGGCUUCUCUCAGCAAUAGGCUCAAGACGUAUGCCAACUUUCCAGAAGCACCUCAGGAGGAGGCUUCUCUCAGCAAUAGGCUCAAGACGUAUGCCAACUUUCCAGAAGCACCUCAGGAGGAGGCUUCUCUCAGCAAUAGGCUCAAGACGUAUGCCAACUUUCCAGAAGCACCUCAGGAGGAGGCUUCUCUCAGCAAUAGGCUCAAGACGUAUGCCAACUUUCCAGAAGCACCUCAGGAGGAGGCUUCUCUCAGCAAUAGGCUCAAGACGUAUGCCAACUUCCCAGAAGCACCUCAGGAGGAGGCUUCUCUCAGCAAUAGGCUCAAGACGUAUGCCAACUUUCCAGAAGCACCUCAGGAGGAGGCUUCUCUCAGCAAUAGGCUCAAGACGUAUGCCAACUUUCCAGAAGCACCUCAGGAGGAGGCUUCUCUCAGCAAUAGGCUCAAGACGUAUGCCAACUUUCCAGAAGCACCUCAGGAGGAGGCUUCUCUCAGCAAUAGGCUCAAGAGGUAUGCCAACUUCCCAGAAGCACCUCAGGAGGAGGCUUCUCUCAGCAAUAGGCUCAAGAGGUAUGCCAACUUCCCAGAAGCACCUCAGGAGGAGGCUUCUCUCAGCAAUAGGCUCAAGACAUAUGCCAACUUUCAAGAAGCACCUCAGGAGGAGGCUUCUCUCAGCAAUAGGCUCAAGACGUAUGCCAACUUUCCAGAAGCACCUCAGGAGGAGGCUUCUCUCAGCAAUAGGCUCAAGACGUAUGCCAACUUUCCAGAAGCACCUCAGGAGGAGGCUUCUCUCAGCAAUAGGCUCAAGACGUAUGCCAACUUUCCAGAAGCACCUCAGGAGGAGGCUUCUCUCAGCAAUAGGCUCAAGACGUAUGCCAACUUUCCAGAAGCACCUCAGGAGGAGGCUUCUCUCAGCAAUAGGCUCAAGACGUAUGCCAACUUCCCAGAAGCACCUCAGGAGGAGGCUUCUCUCAGCAAUAGGCUCAAGACGUAUGCCAACUUUCCAGAAGCACCUCAGGAGGAGGCUUCUCUCAGCAAUAGGCUCAAGACGUAUGCCAACUUCCCAGAAGCACCUCAGGAGGAGGCUUCUCUCAGCAAUAGGCUCAAGACGUAUGCCAACUUUCCAGAAGCACCUCAGGAGGAGGCUUCUCUCAGCAAUAGGCUCAAGACGUAUGCCAACUUUCCAGAAGCACCUCAGGAGGAGGCUUCUCUCAGCAAUAGGCUCAAGACGUAUGCCAACUUUCCAGAAGCACCUCAGGAGGAGGCUUCUCUCAGCAAUAGGCUCAAGACGUAUGCCAACUUUCCAGAAGCACCUCAGGAGGAGGCUUCUCUCAGCAAUAGGCUCAAGACGUAUGCCAACUUUCCAGAAGCACCUCAGGAGGAGGCUUCUCUCAGCAAUAGGCUCAAGACGUAUGCCAACUUUCCAGAAGCACCUCAGGAGGAGGCUUCUCUCAGCAAUAGGCUCAAGACGUAUGCCAACUUUCCAGAAGCACCUCAGGAGGAGGCUUCUCUCAGCAAUAGGCUCAAGACGUAUGCCAACUUUCCAGAAGCACCUCAGGAGGAGGCUUCUCUCAGCAAUAGGCUCAAGACGUAUGCCAACUUUCCAGAAGCACCUCAGGAGGAGGCUUCUCAGCAAUAG